GCUCUCGAGAUCGUUGCUGGGAAAGUGGUACCAAUGUAACCCAGGUAUCUAGGUAAGUACUUGUUGUACAGUACCGUAGGUCCGGAAUUCAGUUCCCUUGAACCGAUCCCGCUCCCUUCACAAGCGGUCCGAUCGGGAGCCUUGCCAUGCCGCCAAUCAGUCCGCAUUGUUUGGAAUGCCAGCCUUUAUGCCAACAAUGCCGGACGGAAUGUGCCCAAUCUUCUACCAUCAACACAUUUAAGACGAUGACUCCUGGAAGCAAAAGGUCGUCUUGUACUUCCACAGUACCACCAAACUACUACACUCCUGAUCUUCAACAAUGACCUCCGAUGGCGCCCCGUUCAACCAAGCGAACGAAGCCCAAAUUGACUUACGACAGAAUCUCCCAGCAGUUCGUAGUGGACUGCCUGAGGCCACAUCCUGAGGGCUCCCAGUGGACACCCCGAGACACCCGCUUCGUGUUAUGGUACCAUCUCACCACAAUCCUGACAUUCACAUCGAUUGCCAUUGCACACAAUGUAACUUUCCCGGACGAUGAGCCACAGAUGAAUGAAAGAGAUGUCGCCAACAUCAUUGAAGUCGUGCUCAACAACAAUGUGCCACUGAUCAAGAAUGAUUUGGCGCCUAAUGGUCACUGGAACAGACCGACCGAACAGGGGUGGAUUCCCUGCGACCAUGAGAUGAUCUGCUCCAAGCUUGCCAUACAGAACAGAGGCAGGAAAUCGGUCAUGCGCAACACGGAAUGCCGGACCAGGAGCGAGCGCGAGGCUAGAGGGAUCGCAGAGAUGCUGUGGCAAGGUAGCUGGCCGGAGAUUCUAUCAUGCCCCAGAGAACACGUCGCGGACUCGGGCACUUCUUCCCAUGGCUCGGAUAAGGAGAAUCGUAAUCCAGCUUCCCCCUCAGCAUACCUAGCCACAUUCCGAGCAGCAGCGGCGGCCGUCGCAAGCCUGGCAUCCCGGUCAAACAACUCCAGCGCCCGAUCGCGAGGAUCGCAAAGAACUCGACUGUCUCCCAAAUCACCACCGUUCGCGUGGUCUUCAAACGAGGAUGGUUCUUACGUUAGAAAGGACGGCUCCCCAAACCCGUCAAACUUGGCUUCGAAUCCAUCGAACCCAGCGUCCAACCCAACAAACUCCGCCUCAGCAAAGUCGGCCACCAAUUCAUCGAGUUCGGCUUCGUUCAAGUCUGCCAGAUCGAACCGGUCAUUGCACGAGCGUCCUACAGGUCAAGCCGUCGAGAUCGUUGCGGCAAAUGAGACCGGUGACCCUAUGCCAGUAACGUGGUGCCGUCAAAGCAUUGCAUUCAUGGACGGUGCAUCCGCGUUCUGGUACGUGUUCCAGAUGACCACUGUCUUAUUGUACUGGGCAUUCUUCCUCAGCUCGUUUCCUGAGCUCCACUGGCCGGAGGAGUAUCUGCGUUCAUUGACGUGGCCUCGACUGUUUAUGCUGUUUUGUACAAUGCUUGGUGCGUAUCAUGUUGUCAGUGCCGCACUUGCGGCUUUUCGGGGAGCACUUGGGCGUUGGUGGGGAAUCGAGAUCAAUCGGCUAGGGACGCCAGGUCUGUCAAGAACAACACACAUGCUCGGAUCGGUCCUGGCGGCAGCCUUGACAGCACUCAUCUGCAGGUGUCUUGGAAUCUUGGAUGAUGGGCCGAAUAAAGAAUAUGUCGUCCAAAGCAGGACACGAUGACUGAGUGUGGCAUGACGAACGUUCGAUGUGU